AUGGAUUUCGGAGCGAACUGGGCGUACAAGGAAAUAGACGUGAAAGUGAGUGGAACUCUUCAAGAAGCUGCUGAUAUUCUGAGAAAAAUGAAGGAAGAAAAGGCGGAUGACAAGGAGAAAUCAUUGAUUUCACGCAACUUUUCGGGUAUCUCCAUAACAUCAACUGAAUCUCACAAGACAAUUUCCAUCAGUUCGAUUCAUCGUUCUUCGUCGAAAGAACCGAAACCAACUAUUCGUACUCCACGUGAUGCUGGAAAGAAUCGGAAAAUAUUAUUCCCGAAAGCUGUGAUCGUCAAUUCGAAAAAAGAAUCGUUGGUUUCGGCUAGUUAUGCGGAGAGUUCUAAUGAAAGUUCCGUGGAUCCAAUCGCUCCAAUUCCGGAAAGUGAAAAUCUGUUCCCCGAGGCAAUCUACAUUCCAGCUAACAAGGGAAAAACUUAG